CAUGGGGUAUGAUAUUUAGUUGUUUAAACAGUUCUUUAGGAAGUUGAAUAGCCUGCAGUGUGUUUUGUAGUAGUUUGCUAUUUAGCGUUCUGCUAAGCGCAGCCUUAGCUGUUAGCUAACCGAAGAGCGAUGCAUUCUGUACACUUUCCCCUCUAACUAAAACAGUAAAUGCAUGCUGGCCAUGUAUUACAUAUAAACUGAUAUUAUUGUUGUGUUUCUUCAUCAAACCCGUUUCUGAGACCGAGCACGCAGUGAUUUACCUUCAAAUCACAGUGGAUAGUAAAGACAGGCGGAUGGAUACAUCCUUUAAAAAUCGAGUCUAAUAUAAGAAUCGAUACACUGUGCUUAUUUAAUGUGCCAGAGUAUGACCCUAAAAAUAUGAAGUGUUGUAGGACGUGAUUAAUGUGUAAGGAUGUUCCAAAUUAAUAGAGGGAGAUGUUUCACAAACACAUUCUUCUCUCAACCACUGUCAUGGAUUGAAGGAAACAGACAGACACCAACAGUUUUUAACAAGCUAGUCUCAGCCAGACCAGUGAAACACUUAAGAUCCAUUCAGCAGAGGAGCUGGACACACCAGGCAUUACACCGGUGCAUAAGCUCAAGUGCAGGGAGAAGAAGCUUGCCAAGUGCCUUUCCAAUAAUAGAUGGUGCUUGUCAGCCAAUUCACAGACAUGUAAUUGAAGCCAAUUUGCAGAACAGCCAGGCAUGUCAGCAAAGGUAUCUAGCGCUUAUGGAGAAAGUGUUGAAGGGAGGUGGGGAAAACGCCACUGCCCGACAUACGCAAAUGCAGAGCAAGGUUCUAGUCAGAGACAGGCUCCACAUGCUGUUGGAUGAUGAUGAAUAUCUAGAGCUGUCUCCCUUUGCUGGAAUGGGUUUACCCUAUGGGGACAUCCCAUCAGCUGGCUGUCUCACAGGCAUUGGUAAAAUAAAUGGCCUGUGGUGUGUGUUCUUUGCUAAUGAUGCUACAGUUAAGGCAGGCUCAGCAUAUCCUAUUACAGUAACAAAAAAUGUCCGCACACAAGAAAUCGCCAUACAGAAUCGUCUGCCCUGUGUUUACUUGGCAGACUGCAGUGGUGCAUUCUUACCACUUCAGGCAGGCAUCUUUCCUGAUAAGAAUCAUGCAGGUCGUAUUUAUUACAACCAGGCAGUUAUGUCAGCAUUGAAGAUUCCACAGGUAGGAGUGGUAUGUGGCCACUGUGCAGCAGGUGGAGCCUAUAAUCCUGUAAUGACGGAGGAGUUAGUAAUGGUAAACAGGAUAGGCACAUUGUUUUUAGCUGGCCCACCCCUAGUUAAAGCUGCUACAGGUGAAGAAGUGACUCCUGAAGAGCUUGGAGGGGCCAGGUUGCACUCAGAGGGGAGUGGCUGUGUUGAUCAUUUUGCUGCUGUGGAGCGUGAGGCAUACGAGUGUACAAGGAACGUCAUCUCCACUCUGAACUUCAAGCUCCCAGAGGAGGACAGUGCUGAGAUUGAGGAGCCCCUGUAUAAUGCUGAGGAGCUUAUGGGCCUCGCACCAAAGAGCUACAAUUUCAGCAUGGAUGUGAAACUGAUUGUGAGUCGACUGAUUGAUGGCAGUCGGUUCCAGGAGUUCAAAGCUUACUAUGGUACCACUCUCGUGACUGGCUUUGCCAAAAUUGAAGGACACUUGGUUGGCAUUAUUGCCAGCAAUGGGGAGCUGAAAUAUGAAGCCUGUCUGAAAGGAAGCCAUUUUGUUCAGCUGUGUGAGCACAGAGACAUCCCUCUCAUCUUUCUCCAGAACACGGCCCCAGAGCCUUUGCACACUCUCUCCCAAGACAAGGCAGAGUCCAAUACUAAGUUACUCAAAGCUCAGGGAUCCAUGAUGUCUGCUGUGGCCUGUGCUUCUACUCCUAAGAUCACUGUGGUUAUUGGAGGCUGCCAUGGUGGUGACAGCUUUGCCAUGUGUGGAAGGGCCUUUGACCCCAACUUCCUAUUUCUGUGGCCCAAUGCUAGAGUGUCAAUUUUGGCCCCAGGCCACGCAGGAGGUUUGGUGCAGGAUGAAGAAGAGGCCAUGCACAUUAAUGAACGGCUGGAAGUAGAGAGCUCAGCAUUCUUCUCAUCAGGCAGACUUUGGGAUGAUGGAGUGAUUCUCCCACAAGACACAAGGAAGGUUUUGGGCAAAUGUUUGAAAAUCAUAACGCAAAAGGAGUACCAGCUUUCACAGGAGAAGCAGAAAUCUCCGAUACUUCGACUGUAAGGAUAUCCAGAGGAAGCACAUAUCUUCAUACUUCUGUCUGUGGCGCUCUCAAGACGGCUUUCUUCUUGUCCUAUUUCUGCUUCAGGCUCUCCAAGUACAAGUAGUUACACUCAUGCCUGUCAGUAAAAGGUGUGACAGUACUGAACGCUGAUUGUGAUAGUAUCAGCUUGGUUCUGAAAGUUAAAUUAAGCAAGUUCUUGUGCAAAACUGAUCUGAAUAUUCAUAGCCUUUAAGUGGCACUAGCAUUUGCUGUUUUGUUAAAGUUAUGUUCUGCUUAUGUGUACAACUGCACAAUAUUUAUGUUUUGUUGUUAUUGUUGGUUUCCAUGAGCAAAAGUGAAUAAAAUAUUUAAAUAAAAUGUUGAUCAAUAAAACUCACCCUUUCCAGGUUUACAGGUUUACCACUAACCUCUUGACCCUCAUAACAAGGCAGUAAAGGUGACUGUCCUGAAUCUGUGAUAUUUUCACCAGAAUAUUUGGCUGCCAAUGAAAUCACUAAUGUCACAAGGACUCAAGAAUUUCAAAAGAUUAAUUUUUAUUUUGGUCUCAAAAAGUAAUUCUCUGUCACAAAAAGAAAUGGGAAGGAUUCAGUUGUCCUUGCUGUUAUGUGUAAACAAAAGUGUGAUUGUUGACAAAAGUCAACAAUCAGUCUUCAUAAAAAUAAAUUAAAAAUCAGAACUAAUGCAGGAAGUCAGUCUCUACACUUCUGCUUAUUUUUAACUAUUAAUGUGUAAGAAAACUAACCUUUCUGUGUUAACAAUUUUGUAGACCAAUGACAUGUUGUUUUGCAUGUUAUACACUGUGUUCAAUGUGUGGGUGUGCAGUAACCACAUUGAAACAUAAUUAUGCAAAUGCAAAUAGAAUUGAGAAGAUUAUCAGGCUUGUGUGUAAUAAAUAAAGAGUAUGCGUUCUUUACAUACAAGUAAAGAAUAUACAUAUGCUCAUUUGGCUUAUGCUUUUAUCCAAAACAGAGUAUUUGAAACAGGAUAUAACAGGGAAGUAGAAGGUUAUGGGUCUUGCUCAAGGACACA